CCUCCUCCUUCCCCAACCCACCACCACACCAUUCCUCCCCUCCCCCAAUCACUUUUUUCCCUGUCAUAGGGGUUCCUUCAUCCACCCAAUCCACCUCGCAAUCGCUCCUACAUCCGCUCGAUUUCGAUUCCUUCGUCGGCAUGCCUCCCUUCCAUGAUUACCGAGAUGGCGGCGUGCUUGUCCAGGAGCCGGCGGCGGCGGCCCACUUCGGCGGCGUGCGGCAGCGGAAGCGCGCGCGCGUGACGGCCAUGCCCCCGUCCUUCUUCGCCGCCGCGGCAGAGGCGGCGCCGGCGCCGGCCAAGAAGCAGAAGCUGCGGGCGGCGCCGUCCCUGGACGCGCUCCCGGACGAGUGCCUCUACGAGAUCCUGCGCCGCGUGCAGGGCGCGCGCGCGCGGGGCGCCUCCUCCUGCGUCUCCCGCCGCUGGCUCGCAGUCCUCGGCGGCAUCCGCGCCUCCGAGCUCAAAAAGCGCGCCCCGGCCGUGCCGGACCUCAACCAGGUCUUCGUCUGCGAGGACGACGACGACGAGCUCGACUCCGCCUCCGCCCUCCCCGAGAGGAGCCUCGAGGGCGAGGGCGCCACGGACGUGGCCCUCACCGCCGCAGCCAUCCGCGGCCACCUCGAAACCCUCACCAUCCGCGGCAGCCACCCCACGCGCGGGGUCACCGACGCCGCCCUCUCCGCGGCCGCCCGCGGGUGCCCGUCCCUCCGCUCCCUCGCCCUCUGGGACGUGCCCCUGAUCACUGACGCGGGGCUCGCCGAGAUCGCCGCGGGGUGCCCCGCGCUGGAGAAGCUCGACAUCACUGCCUGCCCGCUGGUCACCGACAAGGGCCUCGCCGCCGUCGCGCAGGGGUGCCCGGAUUUGAGGACCCUCACCAUCGAGGCCUGCUCCGGGGUUGCCAACGAGGGCCUCAAGGCUGUCGGCCGGUGCUGCGCCAAGCUGCAGGCGGUGACCGUCAAGAACUGCCCUCAUGUCGGUGACCAGGGCGUGUCCGGCCUCAUCUGCUCCGCGGCGGCCUCGCUCGCCAAGGUCCGCCUCCAGGGUCUGAACAUCACCGAUGCUUCGCUUGCGGUCAUCGGGUACUACGGGAAGGCGAUCACCGACCUCACCCUUGCUCGCCUCCCCACGGUCGGCGAGAGGGGUUUUUGGGUGAUGGCGAAUGCUCUCGGCCUGCAGAAGCUCAGGUGCAUGAGCGUCACCUCCUGCCCGGGAGUCACUGAGCUCGCGCUUGUUUCCAUUGCCAAGUUCUGCCCGAGCUUGAAGCAGCUUUACCUCAGGAAGUGCAGCCAGAUCUCGGACGUUCUCCUCAAGGAUUUCGCGGAAUCAGCAAAGGUUUUGGAGAGCCUGCAGAUCGAGGAAUGCAACAGGGUGACUCUCGUGGGCAUCCUCGCGUUCCUCCUCAACUGCAGCCCCAAGUUCAAGGCUCUCUCUCUGGUCAAGUGUGUUGGCAUCAAGGACAUCUGCUCUGCUCCUGCGCAGCUUCCCGUUUGCAAGUCGCUCCGUUCCCUUACCAUCAAGCACUGCCCGGGCUUCACGGACGCGAGCUUGGCCGUGGUCGGUAUGAUCUGCCCUCACUUGGAGAACCUUGACCUGAGCGGUCUUGGUGCGGUUACGGACAAUGGCCUCCUUCCGUUGAUCAGGAGUUCAGAAAGUGGGCUGGUCAAUGUUGAUCUGAACGGAUGCGAAAACCUCACAGAUGCAGCGAUCUCUGCCCUGGUGAAGGCACAUGGUGGUUCUCUUGCACAUCUGAGCCUUGAGAGCUGCAGCAAGAUCACCGACGCAAGUCUGUUUGCCAUUUCCGAGAGCUGCUCUGAGCUCGCCGAGCUUGAUCUUUCAAACUGCAUGGUCAGCGACUACGGUGUUGCGGUCUUGGCAUCGGCUGCGGGACUCAAGCUCCGCAUCCUUUCACUGUCCGGCUGCCUCAAGGUCACGCAGAAGAGUGUUCCUUUCCUGGGCAGCAUGCCUGCUUCCCUGGAGGGCCUCAACCUCCAGUUCAACUUCAUCGGCAACCACAACAUCGCGUCACUGGAGAAGCAGCUCUGGUGGUGCGACAUCCUCGCUUAGUUGCUGGGUCACCCAUCUCCAGAUGCAAAUAUAUCGACCAUAGGUAGCACCUUCAGUCAAUCCUCGUAGCAGAGUCAGUUCGUCGUCGGGUUCGCGUUCGAGCCAUGGUGGGCUUCCUUUUGUCUUAGGGCCGGUUGUUUUCCGUGGGACGCUUUAGCCGAGCGCUCGUUUUUUGCAGGCCUCCUCUCACCUGGGUGGGAGGAUGGUCUGUUCCUUGAGCCUUCGGCUGCCACUAGCGUGGCACCCUUGUCCCUCCUAUCCCAACCUAUGCCCUUGUGAUUACAGUCCAUACACCAUGCUUUUUUCCUCCUUAAGUCCUGUGUGGGAGCUCAAAUAUCAUCAGUCGUGUCUUCUUUUCCAGUACUCCUGGUUCCAGGGUUGUGGACAUCAUCGGUACUUCUGGUUUCAGUUUCAUUGCAAGUUCUAUCUGUCGGAGAUUCGUAGCUCCUGUUCUUCCAUGUCUAAGUGUGUGUGUGAUCUCUCUCAGUGUGUGGUUGUUCUAGUUCCUGUCUGCUCCGGUAUGUGCGUGUGUUGUGUGUGGGUUGUUGCUUUUCUGCAGUAUUUGUAAGGGCAGCCUGGUAUCCCUGGGGAUCUGGCCUUGGCAAGGUGCAACACAUAGGAGAGGCCCUUGCCAUGACAACCUUGUGUGGUUGUUUUUUCUUCUCCAGAUCCCUGGUUUUUGCAGGCGUGUGUGUGAGUGCUGUAAUGGUUGCGACCUUCCCAGAAUAAAUAAACUUGUUUCCGUUCAA